GGGGCGCGGGGGCGGGGGAAGCUCAGCAGCCAGAGGACCUGCGGGGGGUGAUGGGGGAGGCUGCUUCUGACGGGCUGUUCCUCACCCCUGUUCCUCCCGGCAGGUGACAGCUGGGGACCCUGAGCCAUCAUGCGCGUUGGCAAGGGGACUGAGAGCGGGUGAGGGGGGCUCAGUCCCAUCACCCCUGUGUCCCUGCUCUGUCUGGGCCCUGCCCCCACCCCUGCGGAGGGUCCCCCUGCGCCUGGUCUGGCCCAUUAUCCCUGGGCUGCAGGGGGCACUGAGAGGGAGCAGGGGGUUGGAGGCCUGGGAUGCAGGCAGUCAGGGGGCCCUUCUCAGUGAGCCGGGUCCGCGUCCUGCUGUCACCAUCCUGAAAUUCUGAAGAAUGGUGACAAAGGACCCCACAGGGUUGCCUCUGGCUCUGAGCCCUUCAGGGAGCAGCCCUGGUGGUGCUGCCCAGAUUGCUGUCUGGGAGGUCACUUCUGGGAGCAGUUCUGUGUGUGUGUGUGUGUGUGUGUGUGUGUGUGUGUGUGUGUGUGUGUGUGUGUGCUUGCCUGCAUUCCUUUGUGUGUGUGUGUGUAGGAGUGUGUGUGCUUUUGUGUGUGACUGCAUGUGUGAAUGUGUGCUACUGUGUGUGUGUGUAUUGCGUGUGCCUUUGUGCGAGUGUGUGCUUUUGUCUGUGUGACUGCUUGUGCAUGCGAGUGUGUGAUUGUGUGGCUCUGUGAGUGUGUGUUUCUGUGCCUUCAGGUGUGCAUGUGGGUGCAGCAGCGUGAGGAGCAGAGGGUUGGGGGUCAGGGGUGCUGGACUAGCAAUCAGCUUGCACAUGCCUGGAGCAGCUGGAAGUGGGGGGCGGCGUGGAGGAGGAGGCAGACACCCAAGCGGACCCUUCCUGCACCAGGGAACAUGGGCGGUGCUUUCCUGGAACCUGAAAACGUGCCCCCAGGGGCCCGGCUCAGCCCGGAAGCCUGCCACGCUUCAGUGACUGUUACUCCAAGCUCCCCCCGUGCCAGUGCCCACCUGGGGUGUGAGGGGGACCAGAUGCUCCAGGGCAGGCACUCUGGGCCAUGGGACGAAGGGACCGGGGAAUGGUCACUGCGGGAUGACCCAGGGCUGAGCGGCCAGGAGGGCAACUUGGUCAGCUGAUGGUUCCCACGGGCUGGCAUGGUUUUAGCCCUGUUGCAUGUGGCACUGGGCUGACAAGACAGGACCAUGGUGAUUCAGUGUGAUUCUGGUGCAGCAUCUCUGGCACCAGAGGGGCCUAAGGCGGAGCCUCCUGGGGCGUCCACAGGGCCCUGCCUGCCUCUCUGGGUGAGACCUGGCUGGGGGAGGCCCUGGCUGAGGAGCACUGUCUCUGGCACCGCCUCGGAGAGGAAAGGACAGUGCCUGUUUCUCUCCUGGCAGCUGUCACCGGCCCCUCGGAAGAUAUCCCAAUGCGGUUUUGCUCAAAUAUGGGUCGAGAUGCACCAGCGUGUGGACACCUUCCUGCAAAAUCUCUUUGAGGACAACAUGCAGGUGGCUGGGCAUCACCCACUCCUGUCCCCUCCUGGCUGGGGCAAGGACGGACUCAGUGAGGAGCUGCUUGGAGCUUUCGAUACUCAGCUGGAGAACGACGACGACUCGGUGGAGUUAGCCCUGAUGAAGCUGGAGGACGGACUCAGUGAGGACCUGCUUGGAGCUUUCGAUGCUCAGCUGGAGAACGACGACUCGAAUCCAGUCCUCUGCUCAACGAAGUCCGGCAGGGAGUCCGUUCUAGAGUCCGAAGGCCUCCUGGCCACAACCAGCCACAUUAUGCGCUAGCGGUCCGGGAGCCCAGGCAGAGCACUUUCAGACGCAUCCUUGAGCUGUUUGAGGAAAUGCUGAAGCGCCUGCAGCAGAGGUGGAGGGGUGCCCUGGCUUGGGUGCAGGAAAGGGCUGCUGCCUGCUUCCGGGGCUUGUGCAGGGCCCUUGAAGCUUUCUGGAGCCUGGUGCAGAGUUUUUGCUCCUCCAUGGGGCACGCCUUCGGGAGUGUCAUCCAGGUCUAAGGUGCUCCAGGUGAAAUAAGAGUUUCUAGAGCACAACCUCCCCCUGCCUUGGCUAAAAAGGCAGCUGUAAGCCUUUCCAGCUGUGCUCACCUCAUACCACCCUUCUUGUAAUAAUGUAGCAGCUGGGGAGUUCCCGUCGUGGCGCAGUGGUUAACGAAUCCGACUAGGAACCGUGAGGUUGCAGGUUCGGUCCCUGCCCUUGCUCAGUGGGUUAACGAUCCGGCGUUGCUGUGAGCUGUGGUGUAAGUUGCAGACGUGGCUCGGAUCCCGCGUUGCUGUGUCUCUGGAGUAGGCCGGUGGCUACAGCUCCGAUUCAACCCCUAGCCUGGGAACCUCCACAUGCCGCGGGAGAGGCCCAAGAAAUAGCAACAACAACAACAAAGACAAAAGACAAAAAAAAAAAAAAAAAAAAAAGUAGCAGCUGGGUGCCCUCUGCCCAAGCCAGCAGCCCUGCUAAUGGUGUACCCAGCAUUUCUUAUCCGUUCCGCUUCUGUCACCUCACUUGCUCAGACAGGGAGGAAUACUGUGCUGGGGGAAGGGGGAAGGUCCGGGAUGCUUACCUGGAAAGAUAAGACCUUGACAUGUGUAAAAGCUGCCGAGAACAAAGACCUGGUACUCAGACUCUGGAGGUGGCUCCUCCGAGCCUGCACCGGUGCUGAAUAAAGCUUGCCUUUCCAUA